AUGGCGCCCAGUCGGCCAGGGCCCAAAAAGGAGUCCGGCCCCGGCGCCCUGCUCAGCGACGCAGACACCCAGUUUGAAGUCGGUAACCUCGACGAAGCGAUUGCGCUUGCCUCCAAGGCCCUGGAAUCAUCAGGAGCAGGAGGCGCCUUUGAGCUCCGCGCUCUCAAUCUACUCGGCACGCUGCUAGUCGAAUCAGGCGAGGUUGAUGAAGGACGCCGCUACUUCGAGCGAGCAGUCAAGCUGGAUGAGGAUGGCACGGUGGACGAAAAGGUCGGCGGCGGGCCCGACAAGUUUCUCUUCCUGGCACAGCUGAGCGAAGAGGGCGGCCAGGACAGCGUCAAGUGGUUCGAGAAGGGUGCUUCGGCACUGCGCCGUCAGAUCCAGGACCUGGCCGACUUGACGGGCAGGACCCCCGAGCAGCAGGCCAGCCUGGACGAGAAGCAAAGAAAGCUGGGAGAGGUGCUGUGCGCCGUGGCCGAGGUGUACAUGACAGAUCUGUCCUGGGAGGAGGACGCCGAGGAGCGGUGCGAGGCGCUCGUCACGGAAGCCAUGAUGAUUGCGCCCGACUCCCCCGAGACGUGGCAGACGGUUGCGAAUGUGCGCAUUUCGCAGGAGCGCGUGGAUGAGGCGAGACAGUCGCUCAAGCGGAGUCUGGAGCUGUGGCAGGACUUGGACCCCGCCCAUCCCAGCGUGCCCGCCUUUGCUACGAGAAUUGGGCUUGCGCGGUUGUUGCUGGAGACGGAACUGGAGCAGGACGCGCUCCGGGUUCUGGAGCGUCUGGUCACGGAUGACGAUCAGAGCGUCGAGGCGUGGUACCUGGGCGGGUGGUGCCUCUUCACUGCAGGCGAGAAGCAGAGGGAUAGUCGGGAGCAGCGGGAUGUCGACGCCGGGGACGAGUGGAAGUCGACGUGGUCGACGGCGAGGAAGUGGCUGGGGCAGUGUCUGAAGCUGUAUGCCAUGCUGGACUAUGAGGACGAGCGACUGGGCGAGCAUGCGGUCGAGUUGUUCCAAGAGAUGAACAAGGAGCUGGGUGACAUGCCAGAGGGGGAGGAGGAUAACUGGGAGGAUUCAGGGGAUGAAGAUGGACAAGACGAGGGUGAAGGCGGCGGUGACGACGAGGAAAUGGACGGUUGA